UUAUAAAAAAAUAAAAAUGAUUACCAGUAACAGUAACGGAGCUAUUCAAAUUUCUAUGCGCAACGAUGGGCAGAACGAGCUUAUGGGAAUGUUACCAACGGACAAUGUUGAAAAUAAUCAUCGACUGGCUUUUUCUACUUGCCAAGCAGAAAUGCCUAAUAUUGUACAAACAACAAAUAAACCGGUCGUUUUAAUGACAGCCUCAGAGCUAAAGUAUAACAGAUCCACAGAAAAUAAUGGAGAGAAUAAUGGAGGAGGACCUGGAUUGUGUACUGUAGGAGUUAGACAUUUGGAGUUGAAAAAUUGA